GAUUAAGGUUAGGUCGGUACUGUCAGUGUGACAGCUGUCAUUGCUUUGCGUAAAUAUUUUUUAUAACAAAAUGAUAAGCACUUAGAUAAGACGUGACGGUAGCGUGAUAAGCUGAAUUUGUUAUGUCACCUGCAAAAACAACUUCCGUAUUUCACGCGUAAUGUGGUCACGACCAUGGCUAAUUCGGGAAAUAAAAUGAGUGACAUUUUUGAGGGCACUUUGGACCGCUUCAAGGGCGUGACAGUUCGUUCCGAGGUCGAAAAUUGUGAUCCCCCCUCGUUAGCAAAUAAAAUAGACAAAUCGCUCAAAAAAUGGCGCGAAAGUGGCUACCGAGGGGUGUGGUUUAGGGUCCAUUUGGACCAAUCGGAUUGGGUCCCGGUUCUGGCAAAGAAAGGGUUUCGCUUCCACCACGCCAAGGAUGAUUUCGUUAUGAUGUAUCUGUGGCUUCCCGUUGACGAAUUGUGCAAUAUCCCGCCGUACGCCCACACAAUGAUCGGUGUGGGCGCUGUUGUGGUUAAUGACAAAUCUGAGAUUCUUGUAGUUAGUGAGAAAUAUUACCAAGUGCCUCAUUGGAAGCUUCCAGGGGGGUACGUCGAGCCGGGGGAGAAUCUGGUGGAUGCUGCGAUCAGGGAAGUGUGGGAGGAGACUGGGGUUCAGACUGAGUUCCACUCAGUCUUGACUUUACGGCACACGCAUUUUGGGAUGUUUGGGUGUUCUGACAUUUACACGGUUGUGAGUCUCAAGCCUCUCACUUUCAACAUCGAAAAAUGCGAGAGGGAGAUUGCCAAGUGCACGUGGAUGGAUAUUGAGGAGUAUCUGAACCACCCAAAUGUUCACGAGUUGAACCGGUUUUUUGUGCAAAAGUAUCUGGAGCACCUUAGGAAAAAUUUGAAGAUUGAUUGGCACCAUGGCAUACACCAGGUCUUGAAAAAGGCCUACACGGUGUAUUUCGUCACGGACGCGGACGAAGGCGGAAAAAAUGCCAAAAAGGACGAUUAACUUUUUUUAGUCUGCAGAUGCCAAAUUUUUUAAUGAUUUGUAAAUACAACAGUCGUAAUAAAAAACUGAAUAACACUUGACAA